AUGCUUAUUCUAGUUGCAAUCUCUGUUAUUUUUAUUAAUACAUUUGUUCUUACAAGACGAGAUCAAUCUACAGAUCAACCACAUGAAAAUUCACAUAAAGUUGAAUUAGUUCAUAAUCAAAAUCAUACAAUAAAACCUCUUAAACCCGAUCAAAUUGAACCACAACGAAUUCAAAGACCUGCUGCACCUGAUGCUGGAUGUGAGAUUGAUGAAAAAUGUUCAGAUGAUGCUAUUCCAUAUAAAGUUGUUUCAGGUGAUGGAAUAGAAAAAUAUCCGAUUAUAUGUUUUAAUAACAAAUUACUAUUACAUAAAAAUUUAAAAGAUGCAAAAAUUGGUCGUGGUGUUAAUUUAGUCGCAUUCGAUGGUAAAACAUAUGAUGUUAAAUUAACAGAAACAUUUGAUACAUAUCUUGAAGAAACAUUUUUUUUACGAACUCUUAAAUUAAAUUUAAAUGAUGGUGAUAUUAUUAUUCUUGCCAGUUUUGAUGAAAUGACAUAUGGAUUAAAAGAAGCAUCAUUAUCAAUCUUAGAAAAAUAUGGUAGUCAGUUAAUAAAAAUUAUUAAAUUUCGUGAUUCCUUUGUUAUGAUUGGACAAAAAGGACUUGCACGUGGAAAAGCCAUUGAAACACAUCAACCAAAAAGUAAUCGUGAUUUUGCUACUGCUGCACAUAUAAGUGGUUGUGCGAAAUUUCCUUUGGGUCAAAUAACAGCAUUAUCAUUUCCAAGUUCAGAAAUUAAUAAAGAAGGAAAAAUAGCUGUUGGUACAUCAAUAAAAAAUUGUGGUUUAGUCGAAAUGUGUAAAGAAAAUGAAUUUGCUGUACAUGUUUAUACUGGAAAAGAUAAAGAUGAUGAACCAAAAAUAUGUGUAGAUGGUAAAUAUGUUAUGGCAAAAGGUAUUAAUGAUGCUGGACGUGGUAUAAAUAUUGUUGUUGUUUCCAAUGGAAAAGAAGUUAUUCGUACAGGUCAUUUUGAUACAUGGCAAGAAGAUAGUACAAAUUUAGAAAUCUUUCUUGAAAAUCUUGAAGAUAAUGUUAUCCUUAUUGCAGUUACAUUUGAUGAAGCAUCAACAAACUUACGAAAUUUCACUCGAACUGUACUACAAGGUAUUGGCAGUCAGAAAAUAGGUUCACUCACUUUUCGUGAUUCCUGGGCGCUUGUUCAUCAUUUCAAAACGAGCAUCAAUUAUAACUUCGAAGAGCACACUAGAAAUCUUUUUUUUGAUCUUGGCAGUGGAACUAUACAAAAUUUGAAAUACCGCGAUGUUUGGGCACUCGUGGGUCAAAAGGGCAUCAAAGGUUUUAGCCCUUAUGAAGAGAUUUCAUAUGCAGGCAGUGGUAAUGCUUAUGCAACUCCAAUUGACAAACGAAUGUGUAUACCACAAACAUUGAAAGGAAUUAAAAUUCGACCUGACCCAUUACCUUUUCGUAAUGAUAAACGUCGUGAUUUUUGUUCACGUUAUGAUGGUUACGGAGACUUUUGUAGUGAUACCAAUGUAGAUAAAAGCUUAGCAACAGUUUCAUUAUUAAAUAAAACCUUGGAAGACAAUCCAAUUUAUUCGACACCAAUUCUUGUCAUAGCUGGAAUAUCUCAUAAUUCUCUACGUAUGUGUCUAGAAACAUUAUUAAUGCAACCAGGCAUUCUUGUUGAAAAUGUUAUUGUUGCUGUUGAUGAAAAAUUUUCUGAAUCACUUGCAUUAAUUGAUCUAUUUGGAUUUCGAGGUGAAAAAACAUCAAGUAGUUCAACAUAUAUGGAACAUUAUGAAAAAUCGUUGAAUAAAGUUUGGGAACUUCAUCCAAAUAAAGAUAAAGUGAUUGUUAUCGAAGAAGAUCUUAUUUUAUCACCUGAUUUUCUCUAUACACUUGCAUUACUAAGUGAAACAUUUCGAAAAGAUGAUACCAUAGGUGCAAUACAAAUGUGGAAUCCUAAUUCUUAUGAUAAUGUCAAUGGUUCAAUUGAUUUAAUCUAUCGUGUUGAUAAUCUAUUUGGUUUAGGAUAUUUACUGAGACGUUCAUUUUAUGAUAAAAAUAUGAAAAAUUCAUUUAAACAAUGUUGUUCAAAACGAGUUUGGGAUAAAUGGUCAUUUUCAGAUUCAUCAUCAUCAUUUCUUAUGCCAGAUAUUUCACGUGUAUUUCGUCGACCUAUUGAUGGAAAUCGAAUUAAUACGAAAUAUUUAGAAGUAUUAUUCAAUCGUAAACGAAGAACAAGUUUAAAUCCAUUUCCAGCAUUAUCAAAUAUCGAUACACUUCGAAAAGAAAAAUAUGAAGCAAAUUUAAUUAAAAUAAUUAAUUCUGCUACAUUACUUAAAUCAUUAGAAAAAUGUGAUACAAUCAAUAUUAAUAUGCAUAAUUUAAUUCAAAAUCAGAAUAGUUCUGAUACAUUUAAAUUUAUUUAUCAACAAGAAUCGGAAAAUGAUUUUACAACACUUACACCAAUUCUUCCUUGUUUUGGUUUAUUUCCAAUAGAACCACUUGGUCUUUAUCAUGGUAUUCUCCGUUUUACUUCAAAUAAAUAUCAUUUUUAUCUUAUUGGAACUAAAUCGUCUUUAUAUAAAAGUAUUUCAAUUGCUACUUAA